AUGGCUUUUUCAGAUGCGCGGAAGGUCAUGUUUGCUCAUAUGUUUGUUAAGGAAGCGGAGUAUUGGUGGGAUGAUGCUUGUCAGAGGCUUGAAGUUGUAGGUACUGAGAUUACAUGGAAUAAUUUCAAGACUGAGUUCCUUGAGAAGUACUUUCCUGCCGAUGUUCGUAGAAAUAAAGAGAUUGAGUUCCUUGAGCUGAAGCAAGGAAAGAUGACAAUUGAAGAUUAUGCUACAAAGUUUAAAGAGUUGUCUAGGUUCUGCCUGCAUUACAAUGGGGUGGGAGCUAAAGAUAGUCGUGUUAGAUCUGCUCACUAUAAGAGUGUUAGUGAGAAGAAAAGUGGACAUAAAAAUCAUGGAAAACCUUAUGAGUAUCUAAGUGAUAAAGGGAAGUGGGAGGCUUCAGAUGGGAAAGAGACAAGUAGGGGAGGUGUUCCUGCUUCAGUCAUAUGUUUUAGUUAUGGAUGGAUAUACCAUCGUGCUAGUGAAUGCAAGAGUUUUGGUAAAAAAUGUUUCAGGUGUGGAAAGACAGACACCGUAUUGCUAAUUGAAAGAGUAAUGUGUUGA